AAUAAUAAAAAUAACCUGUAUUUGCAGUCUUGUACAAAAUAGUUCAAAAUGAGCUCUACCUCAACUAAUUUAAAUAGUAAAAUCCUUCUUUUACAUUAAAGCGUGAUACAUAAUAAUCCAGUGAUGUCAUAUGUAAUUGUCUUACCACAUUGAGUACUGUUACUUUUAAUACUUGCAGUAUAUUUUCUUGAUUCUACUUACAUAAUUUUACUUCAGUAACAUUUUAAGCAGAACUGUCACUUGAGUAUUUUCACAGCUUGCUCUUAGUACUUUUACUGGAGCACUGAUGUGAAUACUCCUGUGGACUUUUAUUUUGUAGUAGUGCUGUCAACCCCAGCUGUGCUCAUCUGCGCCUCCUCUGUCCUCUGAAGCUCAGUCUGUCUCUCUCCGGUCCACCGCUGCUGUUGUGUCCACAGCCACGACAUCGCCUGGACGUGUUCAUUCACUGAGUUACAUCUGAAUGGUUUAUUAAUUGAUCUCUUCGUCCCGCUCGGAAAUUAAGAGGCAGAACCGACCGAGGACUGACUCUCCUCCUCCUCCUCCUCCUCCUCCGGCUGACAGCGUUUUAACGAUCCGCACUUCUAGACUAGAAAAAUUUGUUUUUUUACAUGGCUGUCUCUAAGAGCACCGGCACUCUGAGGGAUCUUCAGCUGGCUCUGCAGCUGAAGAUCGAGGAGCUCAGACAGAGAGACGCUCUCAUCGACGAGCUGGAGCUGGAGCUGGACACUAAAGACGAUCUGAUCCGGCAGCUGCAGAUAGAACUGGACCGACACCGCAGCGCCUCGCAGCAGGCGGUCAGCUCCGGGGAGGCGGUGAACGCAGCGGUUCAGCCUCCUGCAGCACCUGAUGAGCCUCAGCGCACGAAGAGACAGGCCAUCUCCGCAGAGCCCACAGCGCUGGACCCCUCCCAGCUCACCGACGUUACACUCACCAGCUACAGCAAGAGCAAAGAGUCUAGUGAGCUGAUCCAGAGGGCUCUAAUGGACAACGACUUCAUGAAACACCUGGAACACGGGCAGAUUCUCACCAUCAUGGACUGUAUGCACCCCACCAGCUUAGCCAAGGGCUGCUGUGUCAUCCAGGAGGGAGACGACGGCUCCAUGGUCUACGUUCUGGAGGAGGGAAUGGUUGAGGUGACUAAACAAGGAAAGAAACUCUGCACCAUCGGUCAAGGAAAAGUGUUUGGGGAGCUGGCGAUCCUGUACAACUGCACUCGCACAGCAACUGUAACAGCCCUGACUGAUAUCAAGCUCUGGGCGAUCGACCGUCAGGGUUUCCAGACCAUCAUGAUGAGGACUGGUCUCAUCAAACUCUCCCAGUACACAGACUUCCUCCGCAGCGUUCCCUCGUUUCAGUCACUACCCGAGGACAUCCUCAGCAAACUGGCUGAUGUUUUGGAGGAGACUCAUUACAGCGACAGUGAUUACAUUAUCCGUCAGGGAGCUACCGGGGACACAUUCUUCAUCAUCAGUGAAGGACAGGUGAAAAUCUCUCAGCAGAACUCAGGCAGUGACGAGCAGGUGCCUGUGAAGACUCUGUCUAAAGGGGACUGGUUUGGAGAGCAGGCUCUGAAAGGAGAGGACGUUCGCACAGCCAGUGCCACCGCUGUGGGAGAUGUCACAUGCCUGGUCAUUGAUAGAGAGUCUUUCAAACAGCUGAUUGGAGGACUGGAUGAUGUCAACAACAAGCAGUAUGACAGCGAUGAGGUCAAGGCAAAGCUGCAGGCAGAGGCCGACUUCUUCUCCAGCGUGACGCUUAAUGAUAUCAAUAUAAUCUGCACUCUGGGGAUGGGAGGCUUCAGUCGAGUGGAACUGGUGCAGUUAAAGAAUGACACCACCCGAUCGUUUGCUCUCAAAGUGUUAAAGAAGCGCCACAUCCUGGACACCAGCCAGCAGGGCCACAUCCUGUCGGAGCGCCGCAUCAUGAUGGAGGCUCACAGCCCGUUCAUCAUCAGGUUGUACCGCACUUUCAGGGACUCCAAAUAUCUCUACAUGCUGUUGGAGGCUUGCCUCGGAGGAGAGCUGUGGACGCAGCUGCGAGACAGGGGCUCAUUUGAUGACAGCACCACUCGGUUUUACACUGGCUGUGUCAUCGAGGCGCUGGCUUUCCUGCACUCCAGAGGAAUCAUCUACAGAGACCUCAAACCUGAGAACAUCAUACUGGACAGCCGUGGAUACGCCAAGCUGGUGGACUUUGGCUUUGCUAAGAAGGUGGGUCUGGGGAAGAAGACGUGGACAUUUUGUGGGACUCCCGAGUACGUCGCCCCGGAGAUCAUCCUGAACAAAGGCCACGACAGUUCAGCUGACUGCUGGUCUCUGGGAAUACUGGUCUUUGAGCUGCUCAGUGGCAGUCCUCCAUUUUCCGGCUCUGAUCCCAUGAAGACCUACAACAUCAUCCUUAGAGGCAUCGACAUGAUCGAGUUCCCCAAGAAGAUCACCAAGAGUGCUGCCAACCUCAUCAAACGACUCUGCAGGGACAACCCUUCAGAGAGGCUGGGAAAUCAGAAGAAUGGAGUGAAAGACAUACAGAAACACAAGUGGUUUGAGGGCUUCAACUGGGACGGUCUCCGCCAGGGAACCAUAGACUCUCCGUUCACGCCCACGGUGGACGGACCGCUGGACAACAGCAACUUUGACUAUUUCCCAGAGGACACCGAAGACCCUCCUGUUGACGAAGAGUCUGGCUGGGACCUCGAGUUUUAGCAGGAGGUGAUCGCAGUCUUCGACUGAACAAAGAAAAUAGUGAAACCAGGAUUCUUCAGAAAGAGGGAGCGAAUCCACAACAGACGAGUUCAAGCUUUUUAUUUCUUACCAAAACAAAGAGAACAAAGAUGUGAAAAGCCAAAAACAAACACCAAGAACAAACAGACAAGUGAAUGAUCACAAUGACAGAGUAUUACAGACACUGUAAAAUCUAAAUAUUUAAUUGAAAGAGUAUUCAAAACAAGAACAAGUUGAACUAUUUCAAAAUAGUCAUAAUUUACAUUAAAAAAAAGUAUAAUAAGUAUUAAUAGUGAGUAUAAUAAUAUGUUGAAAAUAAUCAGAACUGAUUCAGAGUAAAGUCUUUGUGGAAAGAGUAAUAAAGUUAGAAUACAACAAGAAAAAUCUAAAUUAUGUAGAGAAUUGAGUCCCACUACUUUCAGACAUAUCUCAAGAAAAAGUGGGAAUAUUAACAAAAAGGUAAUAAUUUCAAAUAAAUUAUCAUUUUAGUAAUAUGUUAAGAAAAGUAAACAGAUUCCAGAUAAAGUCAAACUUCUUUGUUGAAGGAGAAAUAUGUUCAGAAUAAAGUUAGAAUUCAACAAGGACAGGUGGAAAUAUGUAGUGAAUUAAGUGCCACUGCAUUCAAAAAGAAGUUGUCAUAUCUCAAGGUUGAAGUUUUACUAAAAGAAAUUCUGAGAAACUGAAAUCUGUUUGAAAUAAGGUACUACCUUGAGAGAAAAAUAUAUUUUAUCUAAGGAAUAAAGUUGUAAUAUCUGCUAAAAAAAAACAUUUAGACAUUUAGAGAAUUGAUUCAGACCUUAUAGAUUCGAGGGAAAUAACUUGUUUUGGGGAUUAAGUACUUCUGUAUGUUCUAUUUAAACACUUCUUUUUCAGGCUCAUUAUUUUCAAACCAAGUAGAAUAAAACCUCUAUUUAUUUUAAAAUCUGACACAGAGUUAUGACGUUUAACAUUUUCUUCUUACUUCUUCUUCUUACUAGCUUUUAGGAUCCAUCUAUUCCAAAGACGAGCAGUUUAACUGUAGCUUUAAUUUGAAAGGCUGAAAUACAGUUUUCUCACAUGCUGUUGCUUCUUCUUCUGUCCCUGUUGAAAAUAUUAUGAUGCUUCUUACAGUAAUUUAUCAGGUCAGACAGAUUAUGUAUUUGCGAGAUUGCGGUCAAUCAAAGCUUUUCCUCAUAAUUUAUAUAUUCAUGUAUUGUGAUGUGAAUGAGGUGCCUUAAAGAAAUAACAACACAGAACCAUUUUCUCUCCUGAGUGAGACGAAAACGAUCAACAUCUUUUCAGAGCAUUAUGCUGCCUUCAGGUACAAGGUCUGCUGGGAUAUAAUCCGUCAAGGUUGAUUCGGUAUGAUCAGUAGACCCACAGGGGUAAAUAUGACGGGGACAGCUGGGCCUCUCUAAUCCCCAGGUGACUGAGAUGUGGCGUUUACGAGCAGAGAGAAGAAGAAUCUGGUCAGCGUUUGACAGGAAGGAGAUAUGUUCUAUACUUUCCAAUUAUAUUUUCAAUGUAACACUGUCGACACCUUUGCCUUCUGUCCCCAGUGAGUCACACUUUCCUUAAACUAAUGUGUCUGACAGUCCAUCCUCAAACUGUGAUCGUCUGAUCAUAAUUUAAAGGAAGAUUUCACCUGAAAAAUACAAAAAAAAAUCAUGUCGAUUGAAAAUCAGGAGACCUUUCGAUGUCCAACAAACAUUUCUGGGGCUUUACAGCAACAAAAAAAUGUUUGCUUUCAUUUCUUUUUUUAGCCUCACAACGCUGCGAAACAACUUGUUUGAGCCAUUCGGUAAAAUUGGGAAAGUCGAGGAGAGCUGCUGGAUUAAAUUAUUUUAUCGUUACUCAAGUUGGCCUUGCACUUACAAAGGAAAGGAACAGAAAGGAAAAGAGAGGUAGUAAGAGGAAAUGAAAGAAAGGAAAGGAAAGCUAGUAAGAGGAAAGGAAAGCAUUAAGUUAGUCAGCUCAGUCGGCGGUAAAUCUCUACAGGCCAAACAGAAGUUUGGGGUAUUUUCAUGUCCGGGAAGUCGAGCUGUUUUGGCUUCUAACCGUCACUGAGCAGCGUUCAUAAGACUAAACGCGGCUCCGCCUCCAACGCUGGGUCCAGAUUUAGUGUCGUUGUCUGCAACUGAGAGAAACGAGAACGUCUCAUUUCUCUUGUCACGUUACAUAUGAAACUCUCAAACACUAUAAAAGUGUCUCUCUUUUCAGAUUAUUGUGACUUUAUUUUAUCUCAGACAUUUCCCUAAUGUCCCAACAAAGAUUGAUCAGAAAUCACGGAUUAAAACCUCCAGCUGACUUUUGGAAAAAGGGAGAACAGGCUUGUUCAUAUUCUGUCUUGUGUGUUUUCUGGUUUGUGUUUCCUCUGUGUUUUUAUUGUUGUUGACAGUUAAACAAAAAGUAUUUUUGCACUGAAACCGCAGAAGACUCGAGCGCCAUCUCAGCUUUCCACUUUUAGACGAUUUCUCUGACUUGACUGUUUCCUUUUGCUUCCCACAGUCCUGCUUUUAUAGUCCGUCUCUCUGUGUUGUUCACUUCCGUUUGGAUGUGGUUUAAAUGUCUAUAUAUACUUUUGUGCGGUAUUUAAUUGGAAAACAUAGUCGGAAAAGUAACCCCACAGCGACAGUAACACGGCCUUGGAUGUGGUUUUAUGUAACUGACUUAACAUCGUGCUCAUGAGGAGAUUUUACUGUGUUUGGUUUUGAAUCAGGGAAAUCAUUAAAGCUUGAAUCAGCACGUACCUGUAGAUAAACGGAGUUAGCCAACUUUAUGUUUCCCCCCACAUGUCUCUGGUCUGGGGAGCUGAGUGAGUGCUGGAGGGGCAGUUAAUGAAAACUAAAGCGUGAGCACUGGGAGAUGUUUAUCAGCCCGUUGACCUCCGGGCUAACGAAGUCAGCGGAGUCAUGUGAGGUUCACUGGUUCCUGUGGUGAAGCGGGCCGUGAUGGAAACGCAGCCGCCGCCACUAACGACUUUCUCACUAUUCGCUGAUAACCGCCGCGAUGAUAAGACACACGGGUUUUUCCACAUUUCCCACAACAACACAGCUAGCUGGCUUUCAACCAAGUGGGGAGAACGUUAGCUCGACUGGCUAACACUAAAUCAUGAGACAUGAACAGCCAGCAGAGUCUUUGUUGAUCUAUAAUUAACUGGCUCAACUUGGAUAAAAACCUUCAGUUCUGAAAGGAAACAUUUUGGGAGACAUAUUCUAUAAUUGUUGACAGUUUUGUUAACUAAAAUCUCUGUAUAUCUGCUUCACGUGAUCAUGAAGUGUGUUAUAAACCAUGUAAUAAUAGUUUUUACGUGUACUUAUAUGAAUUUGAAACAAAUGUCUUUUUGUCAUCAUCGGUGUGUUCCUGCAAUUCUUCCUGUGUUUGUGUAUUUAUAAUAUUUUUAUUUAUGCAUUUAUUUUUUUAGAAAUUGAUGUAUGUAUGUUGUUUUUAAGUCUUUGAUGACAACAUGUUGGUGCUUAUUGUCAUCAGUUUGCAAAUCUGAUUGUAAUUCCCUUCAGGUGAUCAUAAUAAAUGAAGUUCACAU